AUGGGCAUCAGCGGCCUGCUGCCGGCGCUCAAGGACGUGCAGGUCACGCGCCACAUCUCCGCCUACCGCGGCCAGACGCUCGGCAUCGACGCCUACGUCUGGCUGCACCGCGGCGCGUACGGCUGUGCACAGAAGCUCGUGCUCGGCGAGCGCACCGAUGCCUACAUCAACUACUCCAUGGCGCGCAUUCGCAUGCUGCGUCACCAUGGCGUGGAGCCGUACAUCGUCUUUGAUGGCGACCGGCUGCCCGCAAAGAGCCGCACGGAGGAGGGCCGCGAGGCGCGGCGAGCCGAGAGCCAGGCGCGCGCCAGGCAGCUGCUGGCCGAGGGCAAGGACAAGAUGGCCCACGACAUCUUUGCCAAAUGCGUCGACGUGACGCCAGAGAUGGCCUACCAGCUCAUCAAGGCACUGCGCCGCGAGAAGGUCGCCUACAUCGUGGCGCCCUACGAGGCCGACGCGCAGCUGGCCUAUCUGGAGCGCUGCAACGUCAUCGACGCCGUGGUGACGGAGGACUCGGACCUGCUGGUGUUUGGUUGCCGCACAGUGCUGUACAAGCUUGACGUCAAUGGCUCGUGCGUAGAGCUGCGCCAUGACCGACUGGCGUCGAGCCACGGCCUGCCGCUGCAUGGCUUCACCGAGUCGCAGUUCCGCCAGAUGGCCAUCCUGAGCGGCUGUGACUAUCUCGACUCGAUCCCUGGAAUGGGCCUGAAGACUGCGCACCGCCUUCUCCGCAAGUACCAGACGGUGCCGAAGCUCCUGCAGGCGGUGCGCAUGGAGGGCAUGCGCGUGCCUGAGACGUACCACGAGGACUUGUGA